AUGCGACUCAAACUUAUUCUUGCUUCUCUCUUGGCUUUGUCUGCUUCAAAGGCUAUUGUUUCAGCAGCAAAACUUGAAACAAUUCAUGCUCGUAGCGGGACUUCCAACGAUGAUCCAGGCAGCGUAAAUGAUAUUUUAUAUUUCGGUGCCGGUCCUAACGGUGAAGGUCAUUCAAUGCUGGGAAAUGAUGCAAUCAUUGGUCAAGCAAUGAGUUGGGGAGUGAAAUUUUACUUUCAAAAAUUCGUCGAUAUUAAAAAACUUGCUAAAUUUGGCCUAGAUGAUCCGAAUGCCUUUCGAGUUCCAAGUGUACAAGAAUACAACAACAAUGUCGAAUUUCCUCAAGGCACAAGCGUAAUGUUGAGCUGUUACGAUCAAUCUUUAUUUGAUACACAAGCCAAACUGAACAAAGAAUGCGCCCAAGAUCCAAAAUGUAAAAAAGCUUAUAUUGCUGCUUCUCUUUGGGGUACAAUUGGUAAAAUGGAUUUCAAAAAAGAUGCAAUCGUACUUCGGGCAUGUGUUUUACUCGUCGUUGAUACAAGUGGCGAUUGUGGCUUCCCUGACUCUCCUUCUUGCAAAACAAAGGUGUAUCAAGAUCUUACCAAACAAACAGAUGCAGGCAGCGUUAAAGACGGCGACAUUGUAGAAUUUGGUCCUGCAGGCAGCAUAAAGCAAGUUACAAGCGUUUUGCAAGAUUGGGCAAAGAAGAACAAGCAACAAAUCACAUUGCCAGACGGUAAUACGACUAAGUAGCGCUCAGGCACACAUGCUUCAUCCUAACACACUCUACUGCUUUUCUUGAGCUCCUUAGUCAAUCUCUUUUGCUUCUUAUUCCUUGUUUUCGCACCAAGAGUAAUGAUU